CCAGAUGGCGCCUAAGGUUUUCAGGCGUGUCGAAAAGCAGUCGCGCUUGCGUACUUACAUAUGUUCAUCGUGUUCGUCGUUGUGGUGGUUACGGUUCAGAGAUAGUAGUGUGCAACAGUAGAGUAGGACUUAUUGCAUUAAAGCAUUUAUGGAAAGUGAGCGAAAGUGAUAGAGUGCCAUGAUAAAGUUGUACGAGUGGACAAUUGAAUCUUAUAAUUGAAAAUUCAAAAAAAAGGUGCGUUCACGAUAAAGGUGUCGAAGAAGUGAUUCGUGAUUGGUGAAUCUUAGACGGCCAUUAUUGUGCGCCAUUCGGUCUCCGGUGCAGAUCCGCGCAGCGAAAGGGCAGAUGCCCUUACGCGGUUCGUGUUCCCAUUGGUGGGUACGCGUUAAUCUACCCGGAUCGACACAUUUGGUGAGAUCCGGUAGUAUUUCUCGAAACGUAUUCUUGAAUAUAUUAAAUUUAAAAAAUAUAAAGACAAGUAAAUCAACCACCUCCUGUGGAAAGCGAGUCUUUUGAUAGUCGACUCGAUAGUUGUGUGAUCUUUGUCUAACAGCAACAGUAGCAACCGCAGCGCCGUCAACAACACGACAACGAUAACGACGACAGUAGCGCCAUCAGCGCGACCGCCAUCGCAGCGAAAAGAAACAGUAUUCCUUUGAGGAAAGAAGAAAUGCCUGUAGGUUCGCGAUCAGUGGCGCGACCAAAGAUGGAGGCCACGUCCAGUUUGUAACACGCAGCCAAGUCUCGUUCAAAGCGCACCAACGGAGCCACGAAGCGCUCCUCGAGUCGGCUGUCCAAAGUCGCUUUUGCCCCGUGCUACUUUUCUUCGUGAGCCCCGCGAGGCUGGAGAAUGGAGCUACGCGUUGGAAAUAAGUACCGGCUCGGACGGAAAAUCGGGAGUGGCUCCUUUGGCGACAUUUAUCUAGGUACCAAUAUCUCUACCGGCGAGGAAGUCGCCAUCAAGCUAGAAUGUAUAAAAACGCGGCAUCCGCAGUUACACAUAGAAUCGAAGUUCUACAGGAUGAUGCAAGGUGGUGUUGGAAUACCAACUAUAAAAUGGUGUGGUUCAGAAGGUGACUACAAUGUAAUGGUAAUGGAGCUACUAGGUCCAUCAUUGGAGGAUCUAUUUAAUUACUGUUCAAGAACUUUUUCUUUGAAAACAGUCUUGCUUCUCGCCGAUCAAUUGAUAAGUAGAACGGAUUAUAUUCACAGUCGCAAUUUUAUCCAUCGAGACAUCAAACCAGAUAAUUUUUUGAUGGGCUUGGGAAAAAAGGGAAAUCUCGUAUAUAUUAUAGAUUUUGGAUUGGCCAAAAAGUAUCGCGAUGGCCGUACUCACAAACACAUACCUUAUCGAGAAAACAAGAACUUAACAGGAACAGCCAGAUACGCGAGUAUUAAUACACAUUUGGGAAUUGAACAAUCACGACGAGACGACCUUGAAUCCUUGGGAUAUGUCCUUAUGUAUUUCAAUAGAGGUAGCUUACCCUGGCAAGGUCUGAAAGCGGCAACUAAACGACAGAAAUACGAGCGUAUUUCUGAAAAGAAAAUGUCUACACCCAUCGAAGAAUUAUGCAAGGGUUAUCCUGUUGAGUUCGUGCAAUAUCUAAGGUAUUGUCGAGGACUACGAUUCGAGGAAAGGCCGGAUUAUUCGUAUCUUCGGCAACUUUUCCGGACGUUGUUCCACGAAGAAGGCUUCACAUACGAUUACGUCUUCGAUUGGAAUAGGCUGAAAUUCGGUAACGUGAGGCAACAAACAUUGUCUUCGACGCAGCAAACACCGAUGCAGUCGCAACAUACGAACGCAGCGCUGCCCUCUGGGACUAAUAAUGAUCAAGAGCAUCGAUCUAGACCUUACACCCGGCAGUGUUUGGCAAACAUAUCAGUGGGGACGGUGGGUCCGACUGUAGGUGGAACGACUACAAAUUUGAGAAGCAUGCGGCAAAAACGCGAGGCGAUAGACGCUCUUCGCGAUCAGGACAAUCAGGAGAGCGAUCUUCAAGCGUCGGGCACAGGUGGCCAAGAACGAAGAGUCAGCAUGAGGUUGCACCGUAGGGAUGCAGCUGCUGGAGAGAUGCAACCGAAGACCAAACUAAAUCUACAUCGACGGCAGGACGAUGGUUCUCGGCCGGCGAAACUCACGCAAUUACGCAAUCAACCGGAAAGAACUGCGAAAGCGAAGUCGCAACAGUUGCACGAUCCGAUUACUUUCGAGCCAAACUUGAGGAAACCCACGAGGAGUCAAAAUCCAUUGCGCUAGGCGUUUUCAACGGUGACAGAUGAAUAUCCUGAAUAUAUAAUCCGUGACUGUUUGCUGAAUUACAGAAAGAUCGGAUGGCUAGAGCGUGGCUGUAAGGUAAAUCCAAAUAAAUCCAGGUUAAAAUGUCAAUGUUACGAUGGGGCUAAUCAAGGAACAAUUAAGACGCGCCAAUAUCGAUCGAGCGUACUGUACAUUUCGUGUUCGCGCGCGAGCUUCGAUUUCAGAAUUUUUUUUUUUUUUUUUUUUUUUUUUUUUUUUUUUUGUCUAUCGCGUAAUUGUCCGAACUGCGAAAUAAUCCAUUUGUUCGAGGGAGAUGAUCGUUUUUCGAAACGAAUAUGAUAAAAUGAUAAUAACGAAUGAAUUUUUUCGCGCACGAAUUUAUCUCUCCUCUUCUUACCACGCCUCUCGUUCCUUUUUUGUUUUGUAUUAUUUUUUUUGAUUCUACUUCUUUUCCCGAAUGAGAGGCGAACCGUGUUUUUAAAAUUUGAUAUAUAGUUCAGCAUGUAAUGCCUCGACAGUGGACGGUCAUCCAGCGGUCAUCCCCACUAUUUCCUGAAAUUACUUCGACCGAGCGUUUUUUGUACAUUAGAAGUAACUAAGGAGUAGUCGAUAUCUCUUUUCAUCACACUUAAAUUUUUUCUCGCUUCUCAUUUGCUCGUCAAGCGGUCCAAAAGAUACAAAUAAUUUUUUCCCCCCCGUUAAUAAACUGGGUUCACUGUCGAGGUACUACUUGUAUAUUAAUUAACCUGAUAACCGGGUUUAUUAUUUAAUUAAAAUUCUCAACAACUAUCGAAUUAUAACUAGAAUCAAAAAUUGCAAAGAAGACAAAUCAAUUUUAAUCGGAUCAACUGCUGUGGUGCGGAUUAGAUUUAUAGAAUAUAUUUUCCUGUGUUUUAUAUUCUUAUCGAGGAUGUUUCAAUAGCUGACUUUAUUCGCAUUGAGUUAUAGAUGUCAGCUGCAACAAUAAAUAAAUAAAUAAAUAAAUAUUAUAAGUAGAGAAAAGGAUAAAAGUUAUUUUAAUCCACGCCAUAUCAGUUGAGGACUAUAUAUAUGAUAUUUAAAAAAAAUAAUUCAUAAAUAAAGAAAUUUCAAGUGAGUUCUUCUCCCGGUUAAAAGGUUAACGAGAAAAAGAGAAAAAGCUUCGUGUGAUAAUAAAGAAGAAUGUAAAAAAAAGAGAAAAAAAAAAAAAAAGAUGUAAAGAUCACGAUUGAACGUUACCAAAUUUAUUCGUUCAUCGUGCGCUUCGUGUACAUUGUAUCCUUUUUCCGAGUCGUUGUUGAUGCGUGCUUGCAUUUUCGACUUACUACGUGUACGUGAUAUGAGAAAUUUUGCGUGAUCAAAUUAUAGCGAGAUUAGGGUGGAGGAGAGGGGAGAAGAGCAAUAUUCCAAAUUUGCUACAAAGAGGAACAAAAAUCGGUGGAAUAUAUUUAUAUUUCUUAUGAAUAUCGUGGUUUUCUAAUCCUAUUUCUAUAAUAAUAUUAUAUACACACUCGACGAUAACCUUGAAACAUUUCCGCCGGUUGAUAAAUUAAAUCCUGCAAUGAUGCUACACUGAUCUUUCAAACGUUUUAAUAUUUGCGUACACGAAGAAUUUUGAAAAAAAAUUACUUUUAGGUUAUGUAAUUAAAUAUCUUGAAAAGAAAGUUGUACGAGCUUUGUAUAUUUGUAAAAUAAAAUUUUGCAAUGAGAGAUUCAUUCGCUGGAGCGAAUAAAGUGUGUAUCGUUGCGGAUUUAAAAUGGCGGGGCAUUUUUUUUAAAUAAUAGGUUAGACAAACCAUGAAUCCGUACGUUAAGAAAUUCACCGGGAAUUCGAGUUUCUCUUUAGCAUGAACAAUUGCCUUGAUUCGUGAAAUUUUGUUGAAUGUGCGACUGUAGUAGAAUUUUAGAGUAAAAGGGGAGAGACGUAUCACAAAGGGAUAAGCGCGUCGAAGUGUCCGUGAGAAAAACGCGAGGAAGCAGUGUCCCUGAUAUUAUACUAUAUAAUAUAACAGCGAUUGUUCUCGCGCGUGAAAUACAUUUUUUUGUUUCAGACGAAAUUCAAGCCGAGAACGACUGAUUUGCUCCGGUGUGAGAAACGGUUCGACAACCGAUUUGAUUCAAAUUUUGUAUAUACGUAUAUACAUAUAUACAUACAUGUAUUACUUUUGUACAUGUAAAUACGUGCAUCGAUUGAUAAGAUAGCUUGAAAAUAUUUCGGAAAAAAGAAAAAAAACGCGUUUUAUGCAUCGAAUAGAUUUUUAUUUUGAAACUAAA